AUGGCUCCUUCCGUUCGUGGAACAUCAACUCGAGUCAGUAAACGACAAACCAGCGUUCGCACCAAUGCCAAAGUUUCAAAGCUCAUCAGCAAUCACCCGGCCGUAAAAGAGGAACUGGAAGAGGCUGCCCUCAAACAAGCGGUCACCUCCAAGACAUCGGUCAAGCAGAAGGGCAAGCACGUCCCCAAGCGCAAACGUGAUGAAGUCGAGGACGACAGCGAGGCCGAACCAGUGGAUGCACCGCUCAGCUCCGUUAAAGCGAAGAAGGUCUGGUAUAUCACCAUCUUACCUACGUACAUACUAACAUCUACGAAGGCCAAAGUGCAACAUCCAACACCUCCCUCCAGCCAAAGACAGAGUCCGGUUGACCAUGAACUAUCUCCGACGAUCAGUUUUCGCCAGCUUUCGCUCGACUCCAAGUUUGCCGUUCGGAUGCAGCAAGCCCUUCCUCCGGUGCUGCAGGACUUUGUGUCGUUACAUGCAGCGUUCCUCAAAGCCCUUUCACUCCACAUCGUCCAUAAUGGUCAAACAGCACCAGCCAGUCUGGCUAGUUUGUCAGCUUCUGUCACGCGAUUAUGGAAGAAGCACACGGUCUCCAACGAAGACAUACAACGCAUGCUGGCCAUCUAUGAACUGGACGUUACGACGCACUUUAGUGGCCGUCUUCUCAAACACCAGGAAGGACCAUUCAAGUUGACAAUGACCGGCACUGACUACAUUCGUUACAGCGUCGAGUACGUGGGCUGGGGGAGCAACAGAACGACAAGCUCACGUUGGGAUGAGUACAACCUACAGCAGCUUUAUGAAGCAGAAAUCGAAGGCCUCUGGAUUUCGUCUCGAAAGAACCCAAACUGCUGGGUCCACGGCGAGGUUCGCAACUUUCCCAAGCUGGAAUUUGCCGUUGGAAUUCAGACCCAAGCACGGAGAGGGAAAGCUGAAGCUGCUCGAAGGGAGAUCUUGGGACUUUCUACUCAAGCACAGAAUCGGCAGGGCGCACAAUUUGCCGUCCAAUCAAUCAAAGAUACACAAGAUGCUGAAGUCCAGAAACCGGAGACCGUUAAGAAUCGAACCCUCUCUCUGCUGGAUCGUGUCAGAGCCAAAGCGGCUGCGAGUGCAUCCGCGGCAUCCGAAUCCCCAGACGCAGUCCUUCGCCGAUACGCUGUGGGCCGCAUCUCGGAAGUGGUCGAAAUUCUCCGUAUGAAGCAACAGAGAAAGCUGAGCUCGACCUUCAUCUCAUCGGUCCACUCGAGUCCAAGCAAAGUUCGCUCCAGAGUGUCAUUCAGCAUAAACCAGCUGAUCAAAGAUAUCAAAGGCAGCAUGAGGGUCCCACUUGGAGACGCAGAGAUUGGGAUGUGCUUCACGAUCCUCGAGUUCGAGAUCCCUGGGACGUGGCUCUCUACCCACGCUUUCGGGGCUGUUCAAAGUGUUAUUCUUAACGGGCCUGGCCUGAGUGGUGUCGAGGUGAAGAAGAUCCUCGAUGAGCAAAUGCGUUGA